AUGUCUCAAUUGCUCUGGCCUCUUGUGAGAUUCCUGCUUCUGAUCGAAGUGGCAGCCUCUGUGAACUUUUUCCACCACCGCUAUGAGCAGCUGGUGCAGGCCCUGUUCAAUGUGCACAACGAGUGUCCUGAUAUCACCAGGAUUUACACUAUUGGCCGCAGUGUCCAGGGGAGACAUCUCUACGUCCUGGAAUUCAGUGACAACCCUGGAAUCCAUGAACCCUUGGAGCCAGAGUUCAAGUAUGUUGGAAACAUGCAUGGGAACGAGGUUCUGGGCAGGGAGCUGCUGAUCCAGCUCUCUGAGUUCCUGUGUGAGGAGUAUCGCCGGCGGACCGAACGGAUCACACGGCUCAUCUGGGACACACGCAUCCACAUCCUGCCCUCCAUGAACCCAGAUGGAUAUGAAGUGGCUGCCAACCAGGACCCGGACGCCAUUGGGUACCUGACGGGCAGGAACAAUGCCAACGGAGUUGACUUGAACCGUAACUUCCCCGAUCUCAACACUUUCAUGUACUACAAUGAAAAAAACGGUGGCUCCAAUCACCACAUCCCUCUGCCAGCCAACUGGAAAAGCCAGGUGGAGCCAGAAACGCUGGCUGUCAUUCAGUGGAUGAGCCGCCACAACUUUGUCCUCUCAGCCAAUCUCCACGGUGGAGCUCUAGUGGCGAAUUACCCCUACGACAAAGCCCAGGAGCAGCGGAGCCGGGGCUAUCAGCGCAAAAGCAACACCCCGUCCCCCACUCCUGAUGACAAGCUGUUCCGGAAGCUGGCCAAAGCCUAUUCCUACGCCCACCACUCGAUGCACCAGAGCCCAACCUGCGGAGAACAGUUUGCAGAUGGCAUCACCAAUGGGGCCUCCUGGUAUUCUCUCAGCAAGGGCAUGCAGGACUUUAAUUAUCUUUACACCAACUGCUUUGAGAUCACUCUGGAGCUGAGCUGCGAUAAAUUUCCGCCUCAAAAGGACCUGGAGAAGGAGUGGCUGGCGAAUCGUGAGGCGCUCUUCACCUACUUAGAGGAGGUUCAUCAGGGUAUCAAAGGGCUGGUGUCCGAUGAGAACAACAAUGGGAUUGCAGGUGCUGUGAUUUCUGUCCAUGGGAUCGGCCACGAUGUCACUUCCGGUGACCAGGGGGAUUAUUUCCGGUUGCUGCUGCCUGGCACUUACACCAUCACUGCCUCAGCAAAUGGGCAUCGACCACAGACGGUGACAGUAACAGUCGGCCCAGCCGGGCCUUCGCUGGUCCAUUUCCAGCUCAAACAAGACACAAUAAAGGGGCCCAUGGAGAAAAAGGCCCCAGCCACCAGCCUGAGCAGCAAAGCCCUUCAGAAGAAGGUAGUGCCGAGAGCAGCCCAUAAGAAGACACAGAGAUGA